AUGCAUGACCAUUUGACCCUGAUUUGGACAGAAGCACUGGCCUAUCACCUGGCCCACCUGAACAACCAUGGCGAUCUGCGGGUAAGCACGGUAGACUCCCCACAGAGCCUUAUUGCCCAUGUGCGCCAGCUGGAGUCAAACCGGCCUAGUCAAGCCUUUGGCUGGAGUUAUAAACUUAUCACCCAACUUGAAUCCUUCUCGUCGAUCACCAGUCUUCUUGCUCAGGGGAACCCGGGCAUAUCCGCCCUGAUCUGCACCCCACUGGCUUUCAUCGUCGAGUUGGUGUCGCGAGAGCAGCACAUGCUUGACUUCAUUGGGCAAACUUUCAGCCUAUUUGAACAGGCUUUGCCACAAUUCGAAGGCUACCUGGAGGAGUUUGGUAGCCGAGUCUUGCCACAGGGACUUUUGGACAGCCUCAUUGUGUUCUAUGCAAAGUUCAUUGGCGAAUACCAAGACGCGGUCAGAUUCCUCGAGGGGAAGAGGCGUCUACUAUUCUUCAUCCCCCGCGCCCAAAGGUUGAGUCGCAUGCUUGAGCAACGGUCUUUGAUUCUUCUCAAUAAAAAGAAGUCCGUUGACGAUGCGAUCGAGCUUUUCAAAUUCCAGAUCGGACAACAACAGCAGCGCCGGAACGAACAACAACAGCGCCGGAUCGAACAACAACAGCGCCGGGCCGAACAACAGCAGCGCCGGAUCGAACAACAACAGCACCGAGAAUUGAUGAAGUGCCUUGAAGGAUAUAAAGACCCGACAAUGGCCUUUCAGUUUUCCUUUACAGGCAUUCAGCAUAGAAGGAACCCUCAUUUUUAUUUUCGAGAGGAGGUACUUGCGGAGCUUCGCACUCAUCUCAUGUCCGGACGUCCAUGUAAUGAAUAUCGCGCAGCAAGCUUGCAUGGUCUCGGAGGUGUAGGCAAAACCCAAGUUGCACUUGAAUUUGCUCACCGGUAUUGGGAUGAGUACGAUGCUAGAUUUUGGAUCAAUGCGGAAACCGAAGCAAAAUUGACGGAGUCGCUAUAUUCCUAUGCACGCAUGGUAGAGAAUCAAUCUCCCGUUGUUGCCGAACAGAAACUUGCGGCCAUCAAAAAUCUUCGUAGAUUUUUGAACAAACCCUCCUCAACAGGGAAACCUUUUCGAUGGCUGGCUAUUUACGACAAUGUGGAGGACGUACAGCUUCUCGAAAAAUUCUGGCUUGAGGGGCCACAUGGGUCUCUGAUUCUAACGACGAGAAGCCCGGAAAUUGCCCAUGCCUGUGGAGGCCGUGAUUUCCCCAUUCCCCUGUUCACCGUUGAUGAAAGUUUGGCGUUUAUGUGGAAGAUGAACACCAAGUCUGACAAGUUAGAUAAAGAAGAAGUAGAUGUGGCCAGAGGAAUUGCGGACCGGACUGGACACCUGCCUCUUGCGCUUAACUCAAUCAGCGCUCUCGCCAGGACUACAUCCUCGUCAUACAGAAGCUUUAUACAACACUAUCGUGACUUUGACACUAAUAUGCUCUUUCAAGAUGAUGAGGGGACAUGGAGGGAUUCAACAUAUGAGAGAUCUAUUCGGAACACGUGGACUAUGACACUCACCUCAAUUGACCCCCUGGCACGAACGCUUAUGGAAACCAUUGCCCUUCUUGACCCAGAUGGAAUCCCAACUGAAUUAUUUCAAUGCCAUGAUAGGAAUGCCAAAUUUGAGCAUAAUGGCCCGGCCAAGACCUUCCCUAAACUUUCAGAUUGUUUGUCUGAUAGAUUCCCUGACCGCCUAACUUUUGAUAACGCUGUUUCUGCGUUGUCGGGAAAAGGAUUAAUUACCAAAACCUGCGGUUCCGAGCGCCUCAGCUGCCAUAGGAUGAUCAAGGAGGCAGUUCUGCAGUCAUUAAGAAAAGAGGAUUUGGAGCUUCAUUUCGAUUGGAUUGUUUUCUCACUCAACGGUUGUUUCCCCCACACUGAUUGCAAAGAAAUGAUGGAGACCUGGGACAAGUGUGCCAUGUUUCACUCACAGAUCUCUAUGCUGUUGAAGAUGUAUAAACGUUUUUCAAACACGCUCCGGCCCCCCGUUCUGUUAUGUGAGGUUGUCCGAAGAUGUGCAUGGUACUUGCGAGAGAUUGGCAACUUCCAAGCCGCCAAAGAGAUGCUAAUGGAUGUAUUCGACAUCUUGGAGCAGGCGGUAGAGCGUCGUAUCCAUCCCGGAUAUUUCCCUCGAUAUAUGCGACGUUUAACUGCCGAGUUAUACAGCACCUAUGGUAGUCUCGAGUACGAGGAGAAUCUUCUAGGAUAUGGACGUGCCUGGUUUCAGAAAGCAGAUCAACAUAGGAUGAAGCUCAUAGAGGAUGAGAUUGCAACUUCUUUUGACAUCUUAUCUAUGGCGCUUGUUGAUGGCGACAUCUCUCUCACAUAUCUCGCCGAUGGCUUGCCAGACCCUAGCAUUGGAACUUACAGCAUUUUACUUGAUACGUUCGAUAAUCAAAAGUUCGGCUGCACAUGGGCUGCCAAUCUGUCAAUUGCGUUACGAGCCAAGGGAAACUUGGAUGAAUCGCUUGCAUGGUGUACAAAGUCGUCUGAGUGGGGCACGGAGAGACAUGGUGAACGCAGUCUAGAGAUGGCCAUGGUACAUUUCAAUACGGCAUGUACUCUUCUCUUGAUGAACCGUGGUGACGAGGCCAUGGCAGCACUAGAAAAUUCUUUAAGAAUUCGUCAAGAAAAGUCCCCGAUGCAUCGCUACCUGGGCUUCACCCAGCAUAAGAUCGGAGAAGUAAUGAAGUCUCGAGGAGAUUUCAAACGCGCAGAACUGUUCUUCCGCACGGCCGCCAAGGUCCUGGAGAAGUGCGAGUCUUGCCAGGGAGCUGCCGCUCGCUCUAAAUACUCCCUUUUCACCAUCUUAAAAGACAGAGAUCACCAGGAAGCAAAUAGUCUAGCUGACGAGAUUUCGAUGAUCUUGCAAGGCCUCAGGGAUAUCGUCGACAGAAAUCUUUGGAGUGAAGAUUACUUUGACAAGUUUGUACUGUACUGCCAUCGAUAA